AGAAACCCAGUUAAGUCUUCGUCAACUUAGGUCUGAAGCUUGCUCUCCAAUGGUGUCCUUGUACAACACUGGACUGGAAUUGGCAAAUUUAUUGUUAGGAUCAGAUCUAUUGAAUCAGUCAUGGGAAGCAAUUUCAAAGCUUCAAAAACAGAAUCUCACUCUUUUGGAAGACCCAUCACUUCCUUUCUCUGUUAAAUACCAAAUUUAUGAAAACCCAUCAAAGGGUUCUGUUAUCGCUUUUGUAUCUUCACCCAAUUGUGCUGUCAAUCAUUUGCAACAAGAGUUUAGAGAGCUGGUUUCUUCAGAUCAAAUUACGUCCUUCGACUUUCUUCGCACCAGAAGUAAUGCUAGUUCCAUCUCCAUUCAUAAAGCUGCUUUUACCCUUUUUUCUUCUCUUGAGAAUGAGCUCUCUCUUCUCAAACAACAGUUCACCAGCAGCCAACCUCUAAUUGUAACUGGACAUUCUCUGGGAGGAUCAGUUGCAUCUCUCUUCACCUUGUGGCUGCUUGAGAGCCUUCCCAGCUAUGGUGCGCAGCAAAUCCUCUGUAUUACUUUUGGGUCACCACUUCUUGGUAACAAUGGCUUUCAAAAAGCCAUGUCAGAGCAUCCGGUGUGGAGCUCUUGCUUCUUGCAUGUGGUUUCGGAUAAAGAUCCAGUUCCAGGAUUUCUGAUCUCAGACCAUAAUGCCUCUGCUGCUACCUUGACUACUCCGACCUGGUACAUGCCAUUUGGUACCUAUCUCUUCGGCUCAGAAUCAGGUUUCUCUUGCUUCGAGGAACCACAGUCGAUUCUGGAGUUGAUGAUAAUGAGCUCAAGAUGUGCUGAAAGUGAAAAUCUUCAUAACCGCUCUCAGGUUAUUGAUUACGGACAUAUCUUGGAACAGUUGAAGAACAAAGCCAUUUGCAGGGGAAUCUCAGAGCUGCCUGACUCAAUAAGUAAUCCACUUCAAGCAGGUACCUAUCUACUGCUAGAAGCAACUGGAGUUGGAAAGUUACAGGAAAAUGUUAACUUGAGCUAUCUUGCAAUGAAUAUUGCAAAAAGGGCAGAGGUUCAGGCCAAACACAAGCAGAACGUUUUUGAUCCCUUCAAAAUAAGUGUAACUAAAAAGUCCUUGACUUACCUUGAAUAUUACAUCAAAAACUCUUUGGAAGAGUCAGGGUAUUAUGACAAAUAUAAAACCAGACGUUCCAGAAGCAGGGACGAGAUUGAAAGCACAGAAAACCUAAUCAAGCAUCACAGAACUUUGAAGUUCUUCUGGAAAAGAACAGUAACUGAAGUGGAAAAUUUGCCCUUGAAGGAGGGGAGAAUUCGCCGAAAGCGUUUGCUUUAUGCUGCAACAAACUACCGAAGGAUGGUUGAACCACUCGACAUAGCUGAGUAUUAUGGUAGGGGAAAGAAAGAUUAUGUACUUCACGGAAGAUCUGAACAUUAUAAACUACUGGAGAAAUGGUUAGCUGGUGAAAAUACUCAAACAUACCAGAGAAGCCAAGCCUCUAGUCUAACAGUUGAUUCUUGCUUCUGGGCUUAUGUUGAGGAAGCUGUGAUCUCUUGUCAAGUGUUGAAAGGUAGCCCACAAGACCAACAAUCAGCUAGAGGAAACCUGAUCAAAUUUGAGCAGUAUGUAAUGGACAUGAUUAAUAACUUCUUGGUGUCUCGUGAGAUUUUCUUGCCUCAAAGCAGCUUCAUGCUGUGGUGGAAUGAAUAUUCCAAAGUUGUAGGAAAUUCAUAUACCUCACCCUUGACUAAUUUUAUGAACGAUGGAGUUCGUAGUUAUGCUUAGCAAAUUGUAUCUGUAUAAGGGAAUGUAAUUUAUAACUUAUAUGCCCGACUUAAAACUACUUUACCAUUAGUUCUCU